AUGGCACUGCCGGCCGCUGCGUGGCCACUGCUCCUGCUCCCGCUCUUUUCUGUCCCCUCGUGGGGCGGCCACAUUGGCCCCAAGUCCCCACUGCGCUAUUCCCGCUUCCUGGACCCCUCUAACAUCAUGUAUCUGCGUUGGGACUUUGACCCAGACGCCGAGGUCAUCACCUUCGACCUGCAGGUCCGCACGGCCGGCUGGGUGGGCCUGGGCAUCACCACCUACUACACCAACGUGGGGGCCGACCUGGUGGUCGGUGGCGUCCUACCCAAUGGGAGCAUCUACUUCUCGGAUCAGCACCUGCUGGAUGAUGUGACGGUGGAGCCGGAUGGGAGUCAGGAUGCCCACCUGCAGUCCUUGGUACAGGAUUCUGUCUACACCACCAUGCGUUUCUCCCGCCCCUUCCGCUCCUGCGACCCCCACGACAGGGACAUCACGGAAGACACCAUCCGGGUCAUUGGGGCCUAUGGCCUGAGUGACCAGAGUGGCCAGGUCAAGCUGGAGGCCGAGAGGACAUUCGUCAAAUCCAUCUUCCUGCUGCAGGUCAUCCACCCCGACCAGCUGGACUCGCCGGACACCUCCUACAUCUAUGACAUAGGGAUCAAGGAUUUCCUGAUUCCAGAGGACGACACCACCUAUGCCUGCAGCUUCCUGCCCCUGCCUAUAGUCAAGGAGAAACAUCACAUCUACAAGUUUGAACCCAGGUUGACCUACCACAAUGAGACAAUGGUGCAUCACAUCCUCGUCUAUGCCUGUGGCAAUGCCAGUGUCCUGCCCAAGGGCGUCAACAACUGCUAUGGGAGUGACCCGGCCUUCUCGCUCUGCUCCCAAGUGAUCAUCGGCUGGGCCGUCGGGGGGACGAGCUAUCAGUUUCCAGACGAUGUGGGAAUCUCCAUCGGGACACCCAUUGAUCCCAAGUGGGUUCGACUGGAGAUUCAUUACAGCAACGUCCACGGCCUCCCAGGUAUUUAUGACUCUUCGGGCAUGCGAGUGUUCUUCACCCCGAUCCUGCGCAAGUAUGACAUGGGGGUGCUGCAGCUUGGCGUCUACACCUUCCCCAUCCACUUCCUGCCCCCCGGGGCCACGUCCUUCCACUCCUAUGGGCUCUGCCAGACCGACACGUUUGAGGAGGUGACUGGGUCUCCCCUGCAAGACCUCCACGUGUACGGUUACCUGCUGCACACACAUCUGACAGGCCGCUCCCUGCAGGCCGUCCAGUACCGCAAUGGUGUCCAGCUCAGGACCAUUUGUAAGGACAAUGCCUAUGACUUCAACCUGCAAGAAACCCGAGACCUGAAGGACCGGGUGGAAAUCAAGUUGGGCGACGAGCUGCUGGUGGAGUGUGUCUACCAGACCCUGGACCGGGACUCCAUGACCUUCGGAGGCCCGAGCACCAUGAACGAGAUGUGCCUGAUCUUCCUUUUCUACUUCCCGCGCAACACCAUCUCCAGCUGCAUGGGCUACCCUGGACUCAUACAAGUGGCCCGAGAGUUCGGCGAAGAGGUCUCCGACGUCAUGGAGGGGCUGAUGGUGAUGAGCGGGGUGGAUUGGACGGAGGAAAACAUCCGAAAGGCAGAGCGGGCCUGCCAGGAGGCCGACCAGGUGGUCAUCAUAAAGACCAUAGACGAGAUGGUGACCAACCGGACGGGUCACAUCCCGGCCAUCGCAGCCCCGGUGCGGGGCUCCUGCGUGGAAUCUUCCGGGGGCAAAGUGGAGGCCCAGGACCAGAUCCCGGCCGGCUUCCGCGCCGCCCCGUCCAGCUCCGGUCCGGCCUCGGCGGGCCGCCUGCCGGCGCCGCUCCUGCCCGCCCUCCUCCUGCUGCUGCUGCAGGGGGUGGCCCUGCGGCUCCUCGACGCCUCCCCACCGAGGACCUGA